AAGGAUAAUAUUAUUAUCUUAUCAUCGUCUUCAGAAUGGUGAAAUUUCGAAUUGGAAUCGUAUGUUUUUUAAUUUUUCUACUUUUUGAUUGUUACAAUGCUACUGUUUCCAAAAGUAAGAAUGAAAAGAAAAGUGCAAAAAAGAUUGUUUAAUAUUGCUGGUUUGUUGUGCCGGACAGAGGAUGUAUUUAGAAAUGCUGAGCAGCCAUGCUGUUAUUAGAAUAUUUCAGUAGCCAACGUUCAAACUCUCGUUUGAACAAUAAGUUGACCAGUGUAAAUGUGGAUUUUCAAUCUAUUCUGGAUGAAUAUAAAAGCUACAGUUUUACCGCUUCAUUAGUAAGGCAUUUCGAAUAUGAUGUUUUGGGAUAUGUUACACCAUGGAACAAUCAUGGUUAUAACAUUGCUAAACUGUAUGCUGCAAAAUUCUCAAUGGUAUCUCCUGUUUGGUUACAAAUUAAGCCAAAAAAUGAAAAGGGUGGAUUUAUGUUCCAAGGUCUUCAAGAUAUUGAUAGAGAUUGGGUAGCUUCAGUGAAACUUCUGAAUCCAUAUGUUAGAUUUGUCCCUAGAAUCAUAUUAGAGCAUUGGACAUAUCCUACUUUAAAGAAAUUUCUGACUGAAAAAAUAGCUGAUCUCACCACUGAACUUGUCCUUUUAUCUAAGGAUAAUCAGUUUGAUGGUUAUGUCUUUGAAAUUUGGGGUCUUUUAGGUGGAAAAAUGAAAGCGGAGCUAACCCAAUUCAUUAUAACCAUGUCAAAAGAAUUGCGAAAGCACAACUUGAUUCUGAUUCUAGUGAUUCCUCCACCAACUCAUUUUGGGGAAGAGGGUACUAUGUUUCACCGUCAAGACUUUGAUAAACUGUCAAAACACGUGACUGCUUUUAGCCUCAUGACUUACGAUUUUUCUAAUCCUGAAAGGCCAGGUCCAAACAGUCCUGUCCCAUGGCUUCGUCAUUGUGUAGAAGCUCUUGUACCGGAGAGUUAUAGUACAGAUAGACAAAAACUGUUGCUUGGUCUGAACUUUUAUGGCUAUGUGUACUGGAAGUUUGGCGGAAAACCUAUUGUCGGGCAUGAGUAUCUUUCUAUCCUAAAACAACACAAACCUAAAUUUGAGUUCGACGAUUUUAAUGGAGAACAUUCGUUCACUUAUAGGACUGAGGAGAAUGGAUUUGAGAAAGAAUAUGAAGUGUAUUAUCCUACUCUUUAUUCCAUAAAGCUCCGCAUUGAACUAGCAAGAGAAUUAAGAACCGGAAUAGCUAUAUGGGAGACAGGACAAGGCCUAAAUUACUUCUACGACUUAUUGUGAUUGUUUUUUAUUUCUUGAAACGGAUAUAACUGUUUUAAAAACAGAAAUAUCGUUUUAUUUAUACAUGUCAAAUAAUACUAUUGUGUUGAAAACCAAUUAUUUCGAAGACCCUUAAGUUUAUAAUUUUUUGGUAAUCGUAUAGAGCUGCUUACAUGCCAAAUAUAUUGACUCUCAAAAUAAAAAGUGGGGAGUGUUUAUUAAUUAUUAUUUAUUUAUAGAAAUUCAAACUAUGAAUUUAAUAUUUUAAAUUAUUUAUAUUUAAAAAUUCGCCUUUUGGAUUGAAAUAAAUAUUGUAGAUUAUAUUGCUGCAGAUCUAGACUGUGUUUAAGGAUGAGUAAAAACAUAUGAGAGAAUAUAUGUAGUGUUGUAAUUCAUCCGAUUAUGAACAUUUCAUGAGAAAGAGGAUGGAAUUUUUGGCUUAUGAAAGAGAAAAUUACAAAAUAAAAUUAUGAUUUUAGCUUCAAAUAGUUUUUAUUACAGCAAAACUUACUCAUUGACUUUUUUUACUUCCCAAUUUUUAAAAAUCGUGUAUUUAUUGUUCGUUCAUUAUUUAAAUUCAUUAUUACUAGUUUACUUAGAUUCGCCGAUUAGCAACAGGAAUAAUUCCUCAAAGUCAGUUGUUAUUUAAGUUUUGUCAAGAUGGUUUGUUCUGAAGUUUUUAUAAUAGUCUUAUUAUAAAAACUAGGGAUAUAAUAUUUAUGGAAUGAAUUUCAAUGGGUCCAUCAUGUUUAUCUUUAACAGAUCGAGAGCAUCAAAUGGGUGAAGUAAGCAACUAUUUAAAAGUUUGAGACCUCCAGUUUUAUUUAUAGUAAUUAAAUUUUGUACUUCCCUUUUAUUUACUAGGGUCAUAUACUCGUACUUAUUCAAAUUGAAAUCAAGUACCUUGUAACUUUCAGAUAAUUUAUUCUUAUAAUUUUUUCAUGUUUCCAAAAAUGCAUGCAAAUCAAUGUGGUUCAGUUUUUUUACAAUUGAGUGAAUUGACUUGUAGGCCAAGAAUUCUGAAAAAUUUUCCCUUGCUGUUUUAAAGCAAAUAAAGAUAAAUUGAAACAAUAGUUCAAAGAACAUAUCCAUUUGUUAUUUAAAAACUGUUUACAAAAGUUAAAAUUAGUAAAAAUGUCUUGUAUUUGAUGAGAAAGGGACAGCCUUGAGUUUUUGCAUCAUCUAAGAACUCCUAUGAAACUUUAUCCGACCCAGCUGUUUCCUCUUAUUAUAUUUCCACCUAUAAGAUUUAACAGAUGGUGAUCUACAUUAUUCUGAAACAGAGUUUACUUACAUAAAUAAGAUCCAAUUUUGAAUCUUCGUUAAAAUUGCAUUCAUUAUCAUAUGACAUAGGGUUUGAACUUUUCUUAAUUUUUAUAUAUUACAUUUUAAAUCAAUUAUGACUUCUAUAUUAUUAUGACUUCUAUUUAUUAGUUAUAAAUUUUCUAAAAAUUUCAUUGUGAAAAGCAUAAUUUAUAUGAAUCUGUGCCCUUUCUUUAUCAGAUUUGAAUCAAACGUAUGUUGAAACUUUUUUUUCCCCUGUAAGUGACUUGAUUCCAACAGUACAUAGGGGUGUCUCUAAAUAACACCUAAAUGAGUAUUAUAAUUAUCAACCAUCAAAAUUUAUUUUCUCCCUCAAGUACAAUUUCAUAACAUAUUCAUAUUUUUGUUUUCAAAAAUGACUGACUUUGAAAUUGUUUGUUCAUAGUUCUAUAGGAUUCUACAAGACUGGAUUAAGUCCUGUAGAUUCCUAUAGGCAAUCCAGGUUUUGGACUCUCUUGCCUUCCUCCUUUUCGAACUUAAAAAAAAAAGAAAGAUAUGUUUAUUUUAUUUUAGUUUCAUCUCUUUAUAAAAUGCUUUUAAAUAACAAAUAUAACAAACUGAAAUUUAAAAAUAAAUAAAUAUUUGUUGCCUUCAAGAGAGUUGGUUUCAGUUUCUUGUUUACGGAAAAUUGAAGUUUAAAUUCAAACAGAAUUAAGAAAAAUGGCAAGAAAUUACAAUUUUUUAAUACAAUUUAAAUGCUCUAAUGUAAACAAGGUUGUUUACUUAUGAUUCAAUCUGCCACUUUCAAAAUUUUCAAGAAAUUCUAAACGAUAUGAAAUGUAAGCAAUAAUUGAUUUUAAUUUGAAUAAAUUCGAGCCCACUGCUGUUGUAAAUCAAAUGAACGGACAUUAUUAUACUUAAAAAAAUGUAAAAUAACAAGCAACAUGAAAAAUGAGGCCCCACACUUGGCAUUUGCCUAUUUAAUUAUUUGACCAUGCUUGCAAAUAUUUAUUUUUAAUGCUGUUUUACUGCAGCUAAUAAUUAUGUUCCUUUAUUUAAGGCACAAUCAUAUUAAAUGGUUAUCUGUUAUUAUAUUUUUGCAUUCAGAUGUAAAUAAACAAAAAAAUUCCAUCAGUAUAAAAUGACAUUUUUACUGUAACUUUCUCUCCAAUGAGGAGUCUAAUUGUACUUAUUUCCAUGAAAUGACUUUGUAGAUUCAGCAUCUGAUUUUUUAUUAUUUAGUUGCAUUAAAACUUAUUACAAAUAAUCAGUAGGAAGAAAAAUGAAAGAUCUAUCAAUUACUUUGACACUUAAACAUAAAGGACGAUUGAUUAAGGAGUUCAUAGAUUUGGCAGUUGAGUAGAUGAAUUGCAGAAUUUGAAUUGGCUUCAAAGUUCUAAAUAACUUUUCAUAUGAUGCAUUUUUAAUGCAAUUUUAAUGUAUUGUAUGUAUUUCCACUUUUAAUAAUAAAAGUGAAGUUGAUGUGAA